CCCCUCAUUUUACCUCGCAAAGACCCUUAUGAUCUUAACAGCAGAAUCAUGCUCACCGCCAUCUUUUCCUUAUCUUUCGUCGUAGUUCUAGUUAUACUCCUCCACGUAUACGCAAGAUGUGUCCUCCGGCGCCAAGCCAGACAACGCCGAGCAGCUAUCGUUAGUCUGGACCUCAACUCGGCUCAUGCCCAAUCUGGCGAGCCGCCCAAGACCGGCCUUGAUCCUUUGGUCAUCUCCUCCUUGCCCAGGUUUGUCUUCAAACAAAAAGAUGGCGGCGAUGUUGAGGCCCCCAUAAUAGAGUGCGCUGUUUGUUUAAGCAAUCUUGAAAACGAAGAGAUGGCGAGACUUUUGCCGAACUGUAAGCACACUUUUCACGCCGAUUGCAUAGAUAAAUGGUUUGGUUCACAUUCCACUUGUCCCAUCUGCCGCACCGAGGCCGAACCCCGGCUGCAGCCGGAGUCCCGUGAGGGUCCCACCACUGCUAUUGCAGCCACCGCUCCGCCGUUGGAACGUGUGAAUUCUACAUUGUCAUGUCAGGAAGGCACAUCCAACAGUGGAGGUGAAUCCUCCGCUAAAAUUUUAGGUUCCAGUUCGAGAUUGAGCUCUUUCAGAAAAAUACUCAGCAGAGAUAGAUCAUCAAGGAUACAUCAAUCUUCCUCCCAGGAAGAUGUGGUAGAUUUGGAGAGACAGUGAUUAUCAAUCAAGGCCUAUAGUUAUUAUGUAAAAUAAAAUCGUAAUUUUAUCUUCAUUUUUCUCUCUGUCGCCUUUCAUUUCAUUAAUCUAGUACAUAAUACAGUUGAUAUUCAUGUAAAAAAAAGUCUCCAAAUGCAGCCCAUAGAGAUUAAAAGAAAUUUUAUAGUAAGUUUGUAUGUUUAAUUAUUAAUUAAAUUCUCUCAAAGUCUAUAAAGAUGAAGUAUUUGGUAA